CGCGUCGCGGCGCUCACUGGGGGCCCGGCUUUCGCCCGCUGCUGCCGCCGCCGCCGCCGGCCGCGGCUGCUCUCCCAAGAUGGCGGCUCCUCCGGGCGAGUACUUCAGCGUUGGGAGCCAGGUGUCGUGCCGGACGUGCCAGGAGCAGCGGCUGCAGGGCGAGGUGGUAGCCUUCGACUACCAGUCCAAAAUGCUGGCUUUAAAAUGUCCCUCUUCCAGUGGAAAGCCCAACCAUGCAGACAUCUUGCUCAUAAACUUACAGUAUGUUUCAGAAGUGGAAAUAAUUAAUGACCGAACAGAAACCCCUCCUCCCCUAGCUUCACUCAAUGUUAGUAAGCUUGCCAGCAAAGCACGGACAGAGAAGGAGGAGAAGCUGAGCCAGGCCUAUGCAAUCAGCGCUGGUGUUUCCCUAGAGGGCCAGCAGCUCUUCCAGACCAUACACAAGACCAUUAAAGACUGUAAAUGGCAAGAAAAAAACAUCGUAGUCAUGGAAGAAGUUGUUAUUACACCCCCAUAUCAAGUGGAAAACUGUAAAGGCAAAGAGGGGAGUGCACUGAGCCAUGUACGCAAAAUAGUUGAAAAACAUUUUAGAGACGUGGAAAGCCAAAAGAUACUGCAGCGUUCACAAGCCCAGCAACCACAGAAGGAGGCUGCCCUGUCAUCCUGAGUCCACACACACGGAGGACUCUUCCAGCAUCCAGCCAGCGAGGCGAUGGUGGUGGCUUCGGCGGAGGCAGGCCGGGGGAGGGAAGGGAUCCUAUAUUUCCUGUUGGCUCUUGUUAACAAAGGGUCAGCAUUUCCAAAUCUUAGACUUGAACAAACAAAACACCCAACGAAAAAGAACAAGAGAAUAAUUUAAAAGUUGAAUCAUUACUUGACUAACAGACUUCGGUCCACCAUGUCCUUUUCACAGUCCCCUUCUGGAACAGUCACCUUGUUAAUUUUAUUUUUGAAAAUUCCUUUCCUGCUCUGCCCUUUCACCUUUGACUUUCCUAGUCUGUCCCUGCCAUUCUGUUUUUAUAAGUGGCUUCACUUGCCUUCUGAGUGAUUGAAAGAAACUUUUACAUCUCUUCCAAAAUAAAAGUAACAAGUUGACUGUGA